UGUUGCUUCGAUGCCUGUAGGUCGAAGGCGUCAACAGUGCAUUCUUUGGUAUUUGUCUUUAAGUAGCUCUAUGACCUUUAUGAAUGCAGUAACGAAAAGGAAGUCCUGGGCAUGCUUGUCGAAUUAACAGAGAGAGUAAGCCACCAAAAGUGGCGAAGGAUUGCUAAGAGAGAGAGACGACGCCGAGUCCGCCAGCAAUUUGCUCAGGAACGUGAAGCAAGACUUCAAGAAGAGCAAGCAGCCCUUUUAGCCGACCCAGCAUAUGUGGCAGAGUUAGAAAGAAUAGAACAGCUAGAAGAAGAGGCCCAAAGGUUAGAACAGCUAGCAGCGGCACAGGCAAAGAGAGAAUGGGAACUGAGAGAUGCUGCCCUGCACACAAAGUUCCUGAGGGAGAAGCAGAAACGUUGCCAACAGGAAGAGGAGCGGGCUAAACAGGAGGAACUCAUAAAGAAAGAAUGGGAAGAGAAGCAGCAAAAGGAGAAGGAAGAGGAGGAGAAGAAGCAAGAACAACAGAAUGCCCUGCUCCAGGCAGUCGUAGAAGGUCUUGGGGAGGCUGAGAAUGGGGAAGUGACCCAAAAUCCUGAGCCCCCAGAGGGCUAUGGCAGAAGGGAGAUUGUGCACCCUAAGGGAGAACCGUGUCCAUUCUUCACAAAGACUGGUGCUUGCAGAUUUGGAAUUCAGUGCUCCAGAUAUCAUGACUAUCCAGAUCAGAGUCGGACAUUGCUUUUCCCCAACAUGUACUCCCACUUCGGACUAGAACAUUUAGCACUUGACAUUCAUGAUUCAGAUGUAGCACUUGAGUACUCAGACUCAGAGAGCUACCAGCACUUCAGGGAUUUCUUUGAAGACACACUACCAGAAUUCCAAAGAUGUGGAAUUGUCCUGCAGUUCAAGGUGUGCUGCAACACCAGUCCUCACCUCAGGGGAAAUGUAUAUGUCCAGUACUCCAGCAUAGAGGCUGCCAUGAAGGCUAGGACUCUCUUCAAUGGGCGGUGGUAUGCUGGCCGGCAACUCACUUGCCUCUAUAUUAAUCUUGAGAGAUGGAAACAGGCUGUUUGUGGAUUGUUUUGGCGACAGAAGUGUCCAAAAGGUGGUCAGUGUAACUUCCUGCAUGCUUACCGCAAUCCAGGCAAUGCCUUUUGGAGAGCAGAUCAGGACCUUCACCUGGAGAGCCCAAAAGACUCCGCUGAAGGCUUCCGAUGCACUCCUACACCAAGAAAUAAUUAUGACAGGCAUCAAGAGACAAGCAAGACUUAUUCAGGCUCUGUCAGGAAUGCAAGAAAUGCUUACAGGUCAAGGUCAAGAAACAGAUCAUAUGCAGACGAAAAAAUUGCAAGAGAAUCAGUUGGAAAAGAACACAGAAGUAGAAUGUCCAAAAAAGGCAAAUCACUUGGUAAUAACACUAAACCAAGAGACAGGUUGAGGUCAAGGAGCAUUUCAGCAGAACAAAGAAGUAGAUCGAAAAGGUCAAGAAGCAGGUCAGCAGAGCCAAGAAGCAGAUCAAAAAGGUCAAGAAGCAGGUCAGCAGAGCCAAGAAGCAGAUCAAAAAGGUCAAGAAGCAGGUCAGCAGAGCCAAGAAGCAGAUCAAAAAGGUCAAGAAGCAGGUCAGCAGAGCCAAGAAGCAGAUCAAAAAGGUCAAGAAGCAGGUCAGCAGAGCCAAGAAGCAGAUCAAGAAAGCAGAUCAAGAAGCAGAUCAAAAAGUCAAAAGCAGGUCAACAGAGCCAAGAAGCUCAGAUCAGCGAAGCAAGAAGCAGAUCAAAAAGGUCGAGAAGCAGGUCAGCUGAACAAAGCAGAUCAGAAAGGUCAAGGAGCAGGUCAGCUGAACAAAGAAGCAGAUCAAAAAGGUCAAGAAGUAGGUCAUCAGACGAAAGAAAAACAUCAAGAAGGUGAUAGUGAUGGUUAUCAUUAUCAUUACUGUUAUUAUAAAUUUAUAUAUUUUUUAUUAUUGUUAUUAUUAUUAUUAUUAUUAUUGGUAUUAUUAUUAUUAUAUAUUUUUUUAAUUAUUAUUAUUAUUGAUUUAUCAUACCAUGGAAAAACAAGAUUAAACUUUUUU